AUGGCGCCUUCUGCUACACCACGCAAGCAGCCUCCAAGCGUUGACGACAUUCUACGAGACCACCGUGAGAAGCAAGCCGCCUCCGCAAAACCGCGAUACAUUCCAAAGGCUGAGCGGGAACGGAUCGCGCUCGAAAAGCGCAAGAAGGAAGUGGAAGAGGCACAAAAGAGGCGAGAGGCCAGCAGCGGCGACGACCGAAUAUGGAAGCCCUCACAGGACGGGUCUUCACAGAACGGCGCACCAUCCAUACCUGUAGGCCCACGAGUGAUGCGAGACGCGCCCACCGAGCCGUCGUCUAUGCGAGAUCGCAGAGGUGACAUGGCGCCACCACCGCCACCACCAUCCGAGAAUCGAAAGAGCAAGCGACCCGCCGAGGACAUAGAAGCCAUUAUGAUUCGAGAGCGUUACCUGGGCCCCGAAGCAAACAAGUCGACGUUUUCGGCCGUUAAGAAACGCCAGAGGACUACGGAGAAGAAGUUCAAUUUCGAGUGGGACUCCUCAGAAGACACAUCUCAUCAAUCCCAACUCAUCCCCCAAUCAAGCGCCAAUGGUAGGAUCGUUGGUCGGGGCAUACAAGGUGGUUUUCAUGACGAUGUCAAGACCAAGGCAACACAGAUGUAUGCUCAGAUGAUUGCCAAGGAGGAUCCCGUGCACGGUCAAGAGAGAGCACAGCAACUAUUAGAUAUGGACAGGCGGCGGCAACAACAGGGUGGCCGCGCGCAACUCGACAAGCACUGGAGUGAGAAGAAGCUGGAGUAUAUGCGUGAACGCGAUUGGCGCAUCUUCAAAGAGGAGUUCGGCAUUACGACCAAGGGAGGCGCAAUACCGAAUCCCAUGCGCAACUGGGGCGAGUCGGGGCUGCCAGACGAGCUCAUGCACAUUAUCAACCAGGUUGGGUACGUGGAGCCUUCGCCUAUCCAACGUGCGGCCAUACCCAUUGCUCUGCAAUGUCGCGACCUCAUUGGCGUGGCCAGGACCGGUUCGGGUAAGACUGCUGCCUUUGUCCUGCCGCUACUGGCCUACAUCAUGCAGCUGCCUCGUCUGACGGCAGCUAAUCUCAACGACGGCCCUUAUGCCCUCAUCCUGGCUCCAACGCGUGAAUUGGCACAGCAAAUCGAGGCGGAGACGCGCAAGUUUGCGGCGCCACUAGGCUUCAAUACUGCAGUCCUUGUUGGUGGUCAUCAGAUUGAAGAGCAAGCAUUCCAGAUGCGUGACGGUGCUGAAGUCGUCAUUGCCACGCCCGGUCGUCUGGUAGACUGCCUUGAGCGACACUUGCUGGUUCUCAACCAAUGCACCUAUGUCAUCAUGGACGAGGCAGACAAGAUGAUUGACAUGGGUUUCGAAGAGCCAGUCAACAAGAUUCUCGAGGCGCUGCCCGUCAACAAUGAGAAGCCCGACGACAAUAGCGCCGAAGAUGGCGAUGUCAUGCGGAGGGGCAUGUACCGUCAGACGAUGAUGUACACGGCCACUAUGGCGCCGGCGCUUGAACGAAUUGCGACACAGUACCUGCGUCGUCCUGCCAUGGUGACGGUGGGCAACCAGAACGAGGCGACUGACACGGUUAUUCAGCGAGCAGAGUUGAUCGAGGGAGAAGACAAUCGGAAGAGACGGCUACAGGAGAUUCUCACGUCUGGCCAGUUCAAACCGCCCAUCAUUGUCUUCAACAACAACAAGCGCGGCUGCGAUGCCCUGGCUCGCGACAUUCAGCGGAUGGGAUUCUCAGCGACGACGCUGCAUGGGUCAAAGACGCAGGAACAACGUGAAGCAGCGCUUGCGUCGCUCAAGUCUGGAAAGUCGAGCGUCAUGGUUGCGACUGAUUUGGCGGGUCGUGGUCUCGACAUUGACGGCGUAUCUUUGGUGGUCAAUUUCACCAUGGCGUCAACCAUCGAAGCUUACACACACCGCAUUGGUCGUACGGGUCGUCUGGGAGCGGACAAGCAUGGUGUAGCAAUUACCUUCUGGGGCAAAGCAGACGCCGAAGUGCUCUACGAGCUCAAGAAGAUUAUCUCAAAGAGCGAGAUCAGCAGAUUGCCUGAAGAGUUGCGCAACCACCCGUUAGCGCAGCAAAAAGGCAACAAGAAGGGUGAGAUGGCGAGCAGGCACAUCACAUAG